AUCGAAGUCUCAUCUUCUAUCGGAAUGGCAAUUAUCAGAGAUUGCUCCUCACUUAACUGAUUUGUUAUUUUGCUGUACAAAAAUUUUUUUUGUUAGGACGCGCUUUGCCUGCCACCUGCCUGCCAACCACACAUGGAUACCAAGUCCAACGAUGACUCUGGUGGCAGUGAUUCCCUGGACAAAUCAAUGCAACGCAAGUGCGUCAUGGUCGAGACCACAGCAACAACAACAACAGCAACGAACAUAACAACGGAGCCCGACAAUUGCAGCAGAGAUUCCGCUACAGUGCAGCAAGAGGAAGAUCAAGAUGGGCCAUCAACGCCAGGUGGCGAAAGUGCAAAAGCUAAUAAUAAUAAGAACAACAACAUAACGACAACAGCAACAACAACAGCAGCAAGUGCUGCCUUUGAAACGAAAGUAAAACUAAUAUCGCAGAACCUCAAAGAAACAAAGCUGGCUGAGGAAACUGGCAGCGAUGAGGUGACCACAGCAUCAGCAUCAAGCAACGAACAGGAGGAGGUGCAAGAGGAAGAACCAAGUGGAGAUCGGUUAAAGAAAGUACAUUUCCAUCCGGAUGCUAAGGAAAGCGAUGGCGGCAACAAUCGUGUGAAAAAGAAAUGGAAAUCGUCACAAAACCAUGGUGGUGAUGGCGCCAAUCUGGGCUGUGAUGGCAUGGAAAUGGAUGUGACGGAAGAUGAGCAAAAUGCGGACGGAGGAGAAAAUGAAGCUGCAGAAGAUGAAGAGGAGGAGGAAGAGGAAUUCAAUUUGGCCAAGACAAUUGCCGAGGCGGAAGAUUACUUAAAGCAGCAUCCGUUAACAUUCGUGCGACGCGCCGAGCAAAAUGGCGAAUUGAAUACAAAGGAGGCGUCACAACUUGAACAGGAGAAGAUGAUCGAGGGGGACGAAGAUGAACAUCAUGAGGACAAUGAUGACGAGGACAGUGAAAUAGAUUUUUAUAAGAAUUGUAAACCAGAAAAUGGCAUUGAACGCAUUUUAGGCAAGGAAACUAAGGCGGGCAAGGUUGAAUUUCUAUUGCGAUUUGAGAAUCAAGGGGGAUUAUCUUGGGAAUCGGAGGAGUUCAUUCGGUGCAUGUGUCCAACGCUCUUAAAGCUUUACGAGCAGAAUCGUGAGCGGCGUCAGCAACGUUUAAUGCAUCACGUUGCUAAGCGCCAGAGCCUGCGUCAGCGUUAUACGGAUUUCUAGUAAUAAAUAAUGUACACACAUUGUAGCUUUUAGGUCUUUAAUUAUUAGGUUCCGCAAUUAAUUGUAACAAUUUUUGUAAUAUGAAGUAAAUGAUUUUCCUUUGUUGAACAAAAGUAACAAAAAUA